AUGGCGUACUUUGGCCCGCUGCUGGACGAGUACGCCAUCAAUGACGACGAAGAUCAUGUUGCGAUCACGGUCCACUGCGACGCGCGCGUCUUUCGCUUCCUCAUCGACUAUGUUGCCGCCCGCGACGCCGAUCCAAACUACGAGCCACCACUCUCACUCAAGAACGUGGUCUCGAUCGUGGUCUCGGCCGCUUUUCUCGGCAUUCCGCCGCUGGUCCAUGCCUGUGCCCAUUUCAUGGCGGCGCGGCUAGACGCGGUCCUCCGCCUCCCGCUCGACCUCUCAUGCCUGAGCGACACUGUGGUCGCCAGCAUCGAGCCGCUUGUUCCUGUGGCAGUCUUGGUGAGUCUUGCAGAUCCACGUGACGUCCUGCUUCCGCGAUUGCUGCGGAUGCGACUUGAGCGCGAGCUGGCGGAUCCGUGCGGGAUGCUGGCGGCUGCCUUUCGGUGCACGGUGUGCAAGCGGGUGGUGGUUCCGGCGCUCGGCGACCACUGUGCAGAUGCCGAUGUUGGCUUGAGCGAGCACGGCGAGCUUGUGCGUGGGCAUGUGCGUGAUACAGCACCGAUGCCGUGGCGUCCGCUGCUCAAGGCUCUGUUUGCGGCCUGGCGCUCAUGGCCUCGCAUCUACUGGGCGCUCUACGCCCUCGUCCACGCCCUCCCGUGCGCUGCAUGCGACUCGAUGUUUGCACUGGCAUCGCUGACCACAUGCGCUUUUCAUCCAGUAGCGUUCAACAGCGUUGUCUACCCCUGCUGCGGAGCGAGCUCGCAGCUUGCUCGCGGCUGCGCGUCGCGCGCGCACGCCCCGGCCCCGACCAGCAGGCGCGACGCCGACAAGCUGGCGGUUCUCGAGUCGCGCUCAGUCGCGCUGGCUGCCGACGCCGACCUGGUGGUCUCGCUCAUUGCGUCGCCGGAGUCGCUGCGUGCAGCAGGCUCCCGCCUCUCAAGCCUCGACGCCGCCGCCCUGUCUGAGGACCGCUCCGGCUCGGACGAUUCGGACGACUCGGUCUCGGACUGCUCCAAUGACCAGCCGACCGGCGCAACAACGGCGCCGCCAUCGCGUGGCGGCUACGUUCCACGGCUUGUCACCAAACGAGCCAAGAAGAUGGCGUACGGAGACCUGGUUCACGACUCGGAGUGGCGGUCGUACUUGCAGUCAGACCGGGACGCUCAUGCAUAUGCGAUGCUCGCCAGCCGGGUGAACAGUGUAACGUCUGCCGUGUGA